AUGUUGAGGCCAGCUACAAGCUAUGCUAUCCGAAAAAAUUUUUGUAAAAAUGUUUCCGUCAAACGACAUGAAAAGUAUUUUCGGAUAACUUAUUGUUGGGCAUACGGCACUGUUGCUACAUGUACAGCAGCACAAAUUUCUUCCGGUACUUCUCUAAUUAAUUUAAAUGGUUAUCCAGGUUCAGGUGAUAAACUAGACUGUGUAUCAGGGACAUGUCCAUCUAACUGGAAUUCACAAAAACCUAGUAUUGUUCCAUAUUGUACCGAUGUAUCAGCAGAUUUAAAGACAAUCGUUGGUCAACGUUCAGAUACUGUAUCAUUAGCUAUCGGUAGUAAAUUUACAGUUGCAUUUCAAGAUUCAGCCUGGCGUAAUUUAGAUGGACCGGGAUCAGGAGCAGUCAAUUCAGGAGCUGACUGGUCUGUAUCAACAUACAUUGACUUAACAAUACGAUCGGACACAGGAACUUGCAAUAGUCCACCAGUGUCAACAAUGAUGUCACCUAUUAAUAUAGUAAAGGGUGUUCGAACAGUCAUUCAAAUUCCAAUCACAGAUCCUGAUGGAGACCCAAUGAAGUGCCGAUGGCCUAGUGGAACUGUUGAAUGUGGUCAAGUAUGUCCACCCGCAUCACUUCCAUCGGGCACACAACUCUUUCCAAAUUGUACAUUUAUUAUUACUGGCCUGAACAAUGGUGAUUGGUACGCUGCGACUGUCGAGGUUGAAGAUUUUAUUAAUUCCACUAGUACAACAGCUUUGAGUACAGUUCCUGUUCAAUUUCUUAUUAAUGUUGUCAAUUCAGCCACAUGUCCUCACGACCCAAAAAUCAUUGGUCUCCCUCUUGAUCAAGGUUGUAUUCCACUUUACGUUGGUCAAACAUAUGCUACACAAUUGAUUGCAUUGAAUUCAUGCACAAGUUAUGGUACUGUAAUUGACGAUAUUGCCACUUUGUCUUUUCCUGCACCUCAACGUCAACAUCAUCAACAUCAACAACUAGCUCAACGUCGACUUCAACGACUAGUUCAAGUUCUACCUCAACAAGCACUACAGCCUCAACGUCAACAUCAUCAACAUCAACAACUAGCUCAACGUCGACUUCAACGACUAGUACAAGUUCUACCUCAACAAGCACUACAACUUCAACGUCAACAGCAACAACAUCAACAACUAGCUCAACGUCGACGUCAACAACUAGCUCAACAUCGACUACAACGACUAGUACAACUUCUACCUCAACAAGCACUACAACUUCAACGUCGACAUCAUCGACGUCAACAACUAGCACAACGUCAACAACAUCAACAACGUCCACAACUUCAACAACCAGCACAACAUCAACAUCAACAACGUCAACAACAAGUACAACGUCAACAACCUCGACCUCGACAACAUCAACCACUUCAACUACAAGUACCACCACUACAAGUACGACAUCAACCACAUCCACUUCAACAUGGUCACUGGGAAUUGACCUGCCGUUCACUUUAUGUGUGUCAUUUACACACUGUAUUGUUUACAGUGUGCUUUCUUUGGCUUGUUUAUUUUCCCACAGUACGUCGACAACUUCAACCAGCACAAGUUCAACAAGUGCAACGACCUCAACUGCUACCACAUCCACAACAACAAAAGACCUCGGCACAUUUGAUAUUCGUCCUAUUUUUAAUUCUAGCCUCAUCGCCUGCUUAUUUGCCAUUGAUUGCUGCAUUAUCAGCAUUAGUGGCCUUGGCAUUGCUGUGUUGUUGUUACUAUUGCCUGUGUUGUGGACCUUGUGCUAGAAGACAUCGUCGUGCAUCAGGAAGGAAGAAACAAGGAGAAUGGGAAUUUUAUUUUAUUAAAAAUAUCGCCACCUCUGAUCAUUUGCAGUUACUCGAAACAUCACUCUCAUCAGUCAACAAACAUGUACCAUCAUCGAAACCCAAAACUGCUCUCGUUCACAGUUCAUCAGAUACUCAGUCAUUAAGCAGAGAAACAAGCGCAAAUUUAACCAUGUCAUCAUUUCUAGACAUCGAUUUCAACUGUGACAGUUUUCUGUCGCUAAAUGAGCAACCACGAACACCGAAAUAUCUCCGAAAUACUAGUGUGACCACUGUGUCCAAAAUAAAAUCAUCUCAUUUAGCCUCACACAGCAUUCCGAAUGAAGGGAUCAAAGCCUCCAUUUCUUUUGAUAAAACCAACAAUAAAAAUGAAACAGCAAACAGCUCAAAACGAGAAAGCAAAGUCACCAUGACAAAACUAAAAUUAACGAAAACACAAAAGAGUAGUGUCACUAGUAUGGAUCAAUCGAAAGAACGUACCUAUAGUUUCCGAUCAGCAGUAAUCCCACAAUCAAGCCUCCUACCAACCGUUGAUAAAUACCGCCGUAAAAGCACAAGUGAUGUUUCCGUUGUCCGGUUAAAACGGAGUAAUGAAACAGCAAAUUCUCAGGAUAGAUUACAUAACACUGCACACGAUAUUGAUACCAUCGUACUAGAUAAGUCGAAACCUGAUGGGAAGGAUACUGCGAUCAUCAAAGUAUUAUCACCAAAAAAUUCUUCAAGCAAAAAGACUCCAGAACCAGCUUCUGGAAGAGUAAAAACAUCAGGAUCCGUUAGUGUCGUUCAUGUUAAACAUGAAAAAUCUGCCACAACAACAGGAACAACGAAAGAAAGAGAUCUAACUGGAUAUCUUCCAUUGGAAGCGGUACAUAAUGUGACAGCAUUGUCGCCCAAAACACCGAACGAAAAAGGCGUCAGUGUAGUCAAAGUAUCAACCUCAGCUCGAAAGCCGUCAUACAAAUCACCAGAACUGGAGAUGCAGAGAGAAAAAAUGUCUGAACCAAUUGCAGUCAUUCAUGUCAACCGUGAUACAUCGCCUCCUAUGCCUACAAUAACAGAAAGAGUUGAAGACAUUACAUUGAAGUCAAGCACAACAGAGGAGAAUAAACGACAAAAACCAUCGGGUGUCACUGUCACCAAACUGCCAAACUUGAAGAAACUGAAUGACUAA